UUUCAGUUUAAUUUUACAGCCGAUUUGAUUAGAUUAAACGAAGAAGCUGUAGAAGAACAUAUAAAUAACAAAUUUUAUGAAGAUGAAUUGUUUGACUUUUUAAACGAUUUUGAUGAAGAAGAGGAAGACAAAGAUUCUGAUGAUGACAUACGCACUGCGUGUGAACAGGCUGUAUUUGAAAUUCAGAGACAUGGACGUUUAGGUUUAGGAAAGCAUAGUAAAUUAAUAAAUAAAGAAGAUUAUUUCAACGCGAGACGACAGCACGACCAAGGUAAACAUAUGAAAAUGAUGUUUGAAGAUGAUGAAGACGAAGACGUAGAAAUCGAAGAUGAUAAUAAAAGCGCGAGACGGCAGCAUGGUCUAGGUAAACAUAAGAAGAUGAUGUAUGAAAGUGAACAGGAAGACGAUGAAAACUACCACGACGAUGAAGGCGUUAUAGUUCAAUUCGGAUAUGGGAAACACGCUAAAAAAUUGCCUGAUCGCGGCAUUAAGAGGAUGCGAGAUACUGAGGAUAGCGACGAGGACGAUGAAAAGGAUUUCAAUGAUAUAGACGUAAGAGAGCUAUGCGUUAUUCGGAAAUUGAAUGAUAAAUUGAACAAAAAAUUUAACAUGUUAGCGAGCGAUCACUUGGUUACAUUAAUAGGUUUGGAUGAUGUGAGAAUUAUUGAAAUUUUACCUACGCUUAAUAGAAUUCUUGAUUAUGUUUUAGAGAGUAUUUUCAUAAAUGUUCAACAGCAUGAUAUGGUCAGGUUCGUUAUUAGAGCGAAUGGUUUAGAUAACCCUAUAUCAUUACCAUUUAUGAUGAGGGAACGAAUAACUCCUGAAAUAAUUUUUUCGGCUAUUUCUAAAGUCCUCCAGUCUCACAUGAACAUUUUAGUGGGAGACGAUUUACAAUUUAAUAUUUUACAUAUUCCUAUGCCAAUUGGUGGUGGUGGUCAUGAUCGUUAUUUCAAAAAGGGUAUAGAUAAGGCUGUGGGUGGUUCCCGAUAUUUGAUUCGAAUUAAAGACGACAACGAUGAAAACGUUUGCUGCUCUAAAGCCAUUGUAACGGGUAUUUCGAUGUUAGAAGACAAAAUUAAUAAUAAAUCUAAAUGGGAUAAUAUUAGACGGGGUAGAUAUUAUCAGGAACAUGAGGCUGAACAAUUAUUAAUAAGGGCUGGUGUAGAUAAGGGGCUUUGUGGGAUAAGUGAGCUUAAACGUUUUCAGGGUGUUCUACCCGAAUAUCAAAUCAUUGUGAUUUCUCGAGACAAUCUUCACUCGGUAAUUUUUAGUGGUGAACAUAGAGAAAAACAGAUUUAUUUAUACCAUCACGAUAAUCAUUACGAUUUAAUAACAAAACUAACAGCCUUUUUUGAAGUCAAAUAUUUUUGUAACCUUUGUUUUAAGGGUUAUAAUAACAAAUUUUACCAUAAUUCCCGAGAGGAUACCUCCUCCAUCUAUCUAUCUCCUGUAACAUUUGGACGAAGUACUCCAGGAACUUCAUCAAGUCCCAUUUCAAGUCUGGAAGAUUCAUCCAGUUUUGGUGGAAAUUCAAGUCAUGAAGAGUCAUCUUUGCCAUCACUUCCAGGUACACAACAGUUCUAA